GAGAAAAGAAGCACUUUAGUAACAGAAUUAGCUGGAUCUGUAGUUGUGCCGGGCACCGAGACAGAUUUUUGCGCAGCUGGGAGCCUUUCUUGCAGCAGCAAGGCCGGAGCCCCAGAACGCAGCAGAGUUGCAGCAGAGCAGCGCAGAGCAUCACCAUCAGGAGGCGGAGCAGGAGCUGCUGCUGCUGCUGCUGCUGCGAGGAGAGGAGACCGGAUGGCGAGGAGGGAGGGCGGAGGAUAAAAGGGAAGGAUGUGCUGCCGGAGGGCUCUGCGCGUGCUGCUGCUAAGCCGAGCGGGCCGUUGAUGCAGGCGAGAGGGCGAAAGAAUGUCCAGAGCCAAAAGUAAGAUUGGAUAUGACAGUUUGCUCGGCGGUGCGGACUCUGAGCGUCGUCGGCAGCGUCGUCAUUUGAAAAUGCGUGCUUGAAUAUAUGGUGGCCGCGGCUCGCCUUGGACACGGGGAUUGGGGACAAUUUUGGUUGGAAUAAGGAGGAGGAGGAGGAGGAGGAGGGAGGGAGGGACAGGGGAAUGGGUGACUUGUAACUGGCGCUAAAGCAGAGCCAGUAGCAAUGCCCGGGUUCUGAGAGUGUGAUAUACGAGGCAAGAAUGGUGUCAGUGAAGCAUGAGAGGAAGUGGAGGCGAGCAGGAGGGUCCCAUGUUCUGAAUUUUCCGUAGAAGGAAAGAGAAAAAGUGCUGCGGCAGCAUCAGCCAACGCAAUCUGCUUGACACUCAGCGAGUGUGAGGUUUUUUAGAACUGCAAGUGGGCGAGAGCAAGCGAGGCCAAAGUCCUCAGCUUACCGGGGUAGUUCAUUCAGCAACCGUAACUACCCGGAACAGAGUUCGCUCUGCACCAUUGCUUAGUAACUCGGUCUCAGAGAGUAGAGAGUAGAGAGAGGUAGAAGGUGAGGGGGAGGAACAGAAGAGUCAAGGCAACGAACUAAAGGUUGAGAGAAAGAGAAGGAGAGAGACCGAGAGAGAGAGAGAGAGAGAGAAGAGCGGUGCGUGAGGGCAGUUGAGCAGAGCAGCGGCACACCAGCAAAAGAGUGCCUCCUCUGAGUUGAGGUAUAUUGUGACCGGGCGAUAGUAGACAGUUUUUUCUUUCUUUCUCACAGCUCUGCAUCGAUUUGCAGCACUCGGUGAGGUCUCAGGAGCACGCAAAGAUCUGACAGGCAAUCCGUAUAACUAAGUUAUUCGUUCGGUCCUCCUUCUGUAUGCCGAAUAGCUGAGUCUUCAGCUUGACAUUACUUCUCGAAGAUAAUCGUGGCGGACGAGAUGGCUUCCUCGGCAGCACCACAAAUGUAUCCUCCUCAGCAAAUGCAGCAGGCACAGCAAUAUCAGGCUCAGCUAGGCUACACCAAUCCGUAUCAAGCUGCUGCUCCUGCAAGUUAUAACCAUAUUGUUCCUGCCUAUGGGCAAGUUCCAACUUCCACUCAGCCCCAGCAUUUAGGAGGAGGGCAGCAGCAGCAGCAGCAACAACAACAGCAACAACAACAGCAGCAGCAGCAUUCUUAUGCGUAUGAUUCAUCUUCUAACGGAUUAAAGAGAUCCUCUGAUGAAGCCUUGCAAUCAGUUGACUUGUAUUCUAAGCGGCCACGGCCGGACAGUGCUGGCACUGUUGCCUUCUAUCCACAGAGACCUGGAGAAAAGCUUUGUUCUUUCUAUAUGACCACACGUACUUGCAGCUUUGGAGUCACUUGUAAAUUUGAUCACCCUGCUUGGGUGCCUUUUGGAGGCAUACCAAAUUGGAAAGAGGUCACUUCAUCAGGAAAUGCCGCCUCGGCCACGGAUCCUGCAAAUCUGCCUCAACGACCUGGGGAGCCCAACUGUUCAUUUUAUAUGAAGAGAGGUGAGUGUAAGUAUGGGCAAAGGUGUAAGUUUAACCAUCCCAAGGAAAGACGUGAAACAUCAGCUGACUCAGCUGGAAGUAGCAAAGAAGAGGGUUCUCAAGGUGCACAAAACGAGGCAGCUACUAAAAAUACAGGUGGCGGAGUAAAUGGAACUGCCGGAGCAAAUGGAACUUCAGCGAACAAUGGGACUACGGCAACGAGUACUUCCAAAACGACCUCAGGAGGAGUUCAGAUGAAAGGACAUUCAAUGGGAGAUAGGGGUUCUGCAAAAUCAGCCCCUCUGAACUCAAAAGGCUUACCUUUGAGACAGGGUGAGAACGAAUGCACUUUCUACCUGAAGACAGGAAGUUGCAAGUAUGGAGCUACUUGUAGAUUUAAUCAUCCGGAAAUCCCCAGUAGGAGAACAGGAGCGCCUGUGCCAACUCAGAGUCAUCAGUCUCCAAACGUAAUGCCCCAGAUGCCAUACGCAGCCACUGGGAGCUAUCCAUCUCAAAUUCAACUCACUAAUAUGGGACAACAAGUGACAUACGCUACGGCGGACAUGAAGUCGCAUGAUUCACAAGCUGUAGCUGCUGCUUAUUAUCAGCAGUGGCAAUGCCAAACGGCGCUGGCAGAAACAAAACCAAAUGAGAUGUCAGCUGUAAAUAUAUCCUCGUAUCAACAGCAAUGGCAGACUGCUCCAACCCAGACUGAUGCAAAAGCGGGUGAUUCAUCGGCAUCGAAGUUGCCAACUUAUACUCAGCACUGGCAAUAUCCACAGCCCGUUCAAACAGAAAUGAAAGUGAGCGAUGCAUCCAAUACUUUGACUACUCAAUACCAGCAACAGUGGUCAUGCACGCCGCAGACAGACGCGAGAGUCAACGAUGCAUCGGCUCUAGGGACCACAGCAAUGCAACAACAGUGGCAUGGUUAUGGCAGUGCUAGUUACGGGGAUGCGACAUCAACUUUAGCAGCAUCCCAGUAUCAGCAGCAGUGGCAGUGCCCGCUUGGACAGACAGACACGAGAGUCAAUGAUGUUACUGGACUCGCCUUAGGAUCCUCUCCGUAUCAGCAACACUGGCAAUGUCCGCAGACACAAGCGGACGUUACAGUCAGUGCUGGACAAGCCACAGGAACAACUCCUUACCAGUGGUCGUAUUUGCCACAGCAGGCAAAUGUGAAAGUAGCUGAAGGAACACCUAUUGUAAUGGCUCAAUACCAGCAACAGUGGAAAUACAUGCCAGAGCAAACUCCCAUAAAUGACGCACUGUCUGUAGAAACGUCCCCUCCAGUGAAAGUAGAUCCUGGCGGAGCAAUAUUACCCGUAUCUCCACAUCCGCAGAGACCUGGAGAUCCAGACUGUUCUUACUACCUGAAAACUGGAGAAUGCAGCUUUGGGGCGUCCUGCAAGUUUCAUCAUCCUCCUGGAAGGGUGCCUACUAUACCUAGAGUUGCGCCCAAACUUACUUUGGCGGGUCUACCCAGACGAGAGGGGGAAACCAUGUGUGCCUACUACUUGAAGACAGGGGCUUGCAAGUAUGGAUCGACUUGCAGAUUUGAUCACCCUCCACCUGGAGAAGCUGCAGCUAAGCUGGCUGCUGAACCCGCGGAAGCUGCAAAGCUGGAUACAGUUGACUCCGAUGCAACCGAUACGCCUGAGAUUCAGGAGACCAAACAAAUAUGCAAUCAACCAGCAAAACCAGCGAAAUCAAUGCAGAACUAAGAUCUUCUACUAAAUCGUGAAUGUCAUUCGGGCAACCGUGAUCUUGUAAGCAAGAUCAGCCUUAAGAGAGUCGUCAAGUGAACUACACGCACACAGUGUUAUCAUGAACAUAACCUUGCUCCUCUUGUCUGCAAUCUAACUCACUGUGAAGGAGGAGCAAAUGGAUGCCUCAAGUUUAUACUGAGAAUUGAGAGAACCGGUUUAUAUUGAGUAUCUUGGACUGGUACACCGCCGGGGGUUGAUGAAUAUGAGGUAGCACUUUCAACCCUUUUAUAUGUCCUCCCUAAUAUAACUAUGCCUUUAGGACUGGCUUUGAUGGAAUGCGACAGCAUUAGAGAUUUCGCUACUUCAUCAGUUGCAUGUAACAAAAUUUUGGGAAAUACAUCAUGACUUUG